AUGCUCCAACAAUGGCUUCGCCAGAGCCCCGCUGCAGCCGGUCUUCUUAGAUGCUCACGCUAUCGCGGCCCCCAAGCGGCCCUUCUCCAACUUAGCCCCCAGCGCGCUCCCACGUAUCAUGCAAUCCGAUCGCUUCAGACGUCAGCGGCCGAGUCGCAGGAGCGCAUACCUCUGCGGAAACAGCUGAAGCAAGGUGCGAAGGGGCUCAAGGCGCAGAAAAGACAACGGAGGGAAAGCGAGGAGGCGUCGCGGCAGACAUGGGAGCUGACGGUUGGCAUUGAGAUCCAUGCGCAACUGAACACGGAAACAAAGUUAUUCUCAAGAGCCUCCACGUCGAGCACCGACACCCCGAAUUCGAAUGUCGCUCUCUUUGACCUGGCCUUUCCGGGUAGCCAGCCGGAAUUUCAAGCUGCGACGCUGCUGCCCGCCCUGCGCGCCGCGAUUGCGUUGAACUGCGACAUUCAACCGAUCAGUCGGUUCGAUCGAAAACACUAUUUCUACCAGGAUCAACCCGCGGGAUACCAGAUCACACAGUACUACGAGCCCUUUGCGAGAAACGGCUACAUCGAUCUGUUUAAACAUGACGGCAUUGCACCCGAAGACGGCGAUCACGUCCGCAUCGGUAUCAAACAAGUCCAGCUUGAGCAGGACACGGCCAAGUCCCAGGAGUAUCCCCCUUCCACUCAGCUCCUGGAUUUUAACCGAGUAUCCCAUCCGCUCAUCGAGAUCAUCACGAUGCCACAGAUCCACACUCCCGCCACGGCCGCCGCCUGUGUUCGGAAAAUCCAGUCUGUUUUACAAUCCUGCAGUGCAGUGACCACUGGCAUGGAACUAGGAGGCCUGCGGGCGGAUGUGAAUGUUUCGAUUCGCCGCCGGGAUGAAGCACCUGGCACCCACCAGUACGGUGGAAUCGGCGGGCUUGGCCAACGGACGGAAAUCAAGAAUCUUAGCAGUUUCAAGGCUGUUGAAGACGCUAUCAUUGCAGAGAAAAACCGGCAGAUUGCUGUUCUUGAAAGCGGAGGCGUGAUCGAAGGCGAGACGCGCGGUUGGACCAUCGGCAGCACCGAGACUCGGAAGCUGCGAGGCAAGGAAGGCGAGGUAGAUUAUCGCUACAUGCCGGACCCAGAUCUGCCCCCAUUGUAUAUUGGCGAAGAUCUGGUGUCCGGUCUGCGACAGGCGCUCCCCACUCCUCCGGAUGAAUUGAUUGAGCUGCUGGCUGGCUCGGACUAUGGUCUUCCCAUUGAGGACGCGAAGCCAUUAAUUGAGUUGGACGACGGAGCGCGACUGGAAUACUACCAAGAUGUGGUGGAGAUCCUACGCAGUCUGCAGCAGGAUCAAGAUGCCAAGUCCCGCACCAUCCUUGCCCGGGUCGCUGGCAACUGGGUUCUUCACGAGUUCGGGGGUCUCUGGACCAAGGCGGACCUGGCCUGGGAUGCGCACCGGGUGCCUCCCCAGACGCUUGCACAGAUCAUUGAUCAGCUGCAGCGGAAACGUAUCACGGGAGCUACGGCGAAGCAGGUCCUCGUCAUGAUAUUUGACGGGGAUCGACGCUCUCUCCCCCAGCUGUUGGAGGAAGAAAAUCUGCUUCUCCGUCCAUUGUCGCGGGAGGAAUACAUUGCUCUGGCAGAGACCGCGAUGAGCCAAAAUCCGCAGAUGGUCGAGCAAAUCCGCAGCAAGAAUCAGCUUGGUAAGCUAGGAUGGUUUGUCGGACAGAUGAUGCGCAUGGGUGAGAAAGGCCGGGUAGAGGCUCAGAAGGCGGACGAGAUCUUGCGAGAGCUAAUUCUCGGCCAGUCGGGAAGCCAGCCGUAG